CUGGGCUGAGUGUAACAAGGGGCUGCUAAAAUGUCGAGAAGAUACGCUGGAGUUGAAAUUGCGCUGGUCGUGGCAUUCAUGAUCGGCACUUGCCAGGCCAAGCUGAAGGAUGGCUGUAAAUUGGAGACACUUCAAGCUUGCGGUGACGACUACCUUCCUUAUGGAAAGGGACCGCACCUGGCGACCUCGGGAGAGCCGUUUGUAAAGCAAUGUGGGACAUUCAAAGAGCAGAUUAUGUGCAGUAAAAACUUUGUAAGGGAUUGCCUGGACGGUGCUUCCAAAGCUGCGGCAUUGGUAGCGCUGGAAACCUACAAAGAGAGCAUCGACGAAAUCUGUACUACGGGUUCUAAGCAGAACGAAGCCUACCAUAAAUCCGUCGGCUGCUUGAAUUCUGUUGGCGCGAAACUUCACGGCUGCGUGAACAGUCUGCUUGGAAACAUAAACAAGGCUGUUCUCAAAGCACCCCAGAAGGACGUCAUCGCUCACGUAUGCUGCUCGUACGGUGGCUUGCUCGACUGCGUUGAACCAGCGUUGACACCCUGUGAAAAGGUUGGAGGGAAAGAGUUCACACUCAGCCUGGUGGACAAGGUACUGGGAGAGGUUCUGACACCGUUUUGUAAAAACUACAAAAGAGGUUCGGAUUCAUGCAAGGCGCUGCCCAACCUGCCAGCACUGGGUCCACACGAUCGUAAAUUCAAAAGCUUCGUUGAGCUCAUUAUUGAAGCGGUACACACGGCCAUUCUCAAAAACUAGCAGUACACAAAGUCUGCGUCAAGCUUGUGUUUUGCUAACAAAUAAUGUGAAAUCGAUUGUUGUUUCCAUGAGUAAACAUGUGGAGUAGAAUGUCUACUGCGGGUGUAUGUUGUAGGUACGAGCGUACUGUCUUGAAUAAAGAGAGUUCUA